UUUUGCGUCUACAAUUUCGAUGACUGUCUUAACAACCGUUUACUGCGCAGGUCCGCGGACGGUGUUCCGCGCCUUUGCGUGCUUGCAAUCCACGUCUCCCAAUUCUCCAAAUUCAUUCUGGUGUCUCAAACUUUCUUCGUCACAUUGAAUCGUUAACGCUCGUGAGUCUUCCAAAACAAGUUUCACAUGCCGUGGAAUAUACGUUCUAAUGAGAUAACGCGCGUCUUGUGUGCACAAGGUAUAUUCGAAAGCGUUUUUGUGACUUCGUCCUCGCGUGAUUCGCUUACGCACUGCGCAUGAUCGCGUCGUCGGAAAUUAAAUUCAUGUAAUUUUUAACAUAAUUCAUUCUGCAACGAGUUUGUUUGUUUGCUCUAUUAGUGUUGUUUUCUCUGCACGGUAUACAUUCUACGUUCAGCAAUUUUGAGCACGACGUAGUUGAAGUCUUUCGUGAUAAUUGAUAAUUUUACAAUCGAUUACCGAGCCCGACUCGCGUGCAAGGUAACGUGACCGUACGCGCCGCUCCGUGCAUAUUUAUACACCCGACAACGGCGUAAUAAUACGUAAUAUACGCGCGCAAACAAAUUGGCGGUACGCCCGGCAAUUUGAUUGGAAUUAACUCGACAGCGGAAUGAGGAAUCGAGAAGCACCGCUUUCGAAUCGCCGCUCAUCCGUCGUUUGAGAGGAUCGAGGAUCGAUCGGAGCAUUGUCACUUGGAUGGGCAACUCCAACGCCAAGAAGAGCUAUCGUGAUCAGCAGUGGUAUGAUAGUCAGUACAGCCUCAGUGAUUUGCUCGGUGGAAGCUGCGUCAAUAGUGCGACAGCACAGGCUGCUAAUGAGGAAGGCAGACAGUGGUCCUAUGCUUCUCACAGAAGUUGGACCAAAGGUGCUACACAGGACAUACAUAGCUCUUCCAAAACGGUAUGGCCAAUAUCGCGCUCCCAGUCGAUGUUCCUGCCAGAAUUUUCAGUCAAGGAGGUACCACUGAAGACAGGAUACACCUUUCUAGAUGUAAUAGCUAAGGGUGCUUAUGGAAAAGUAUAUAAAGUGCAAAAGCAAGAAACUAGUCAGGUCUUUGCAUUGAAGGUGAUUAGCAAAGCCAUGAUUGUUGCAGAGAAUUGUAUUAGACAAGCUAAAGAGGAGGCAGCGAUACUGAGAAUGGUUGGGCAUCAUCCUUUCAUAGUAAAUUCCAUCCACAGAUGGCAAGGCAGGAAGACAUUGUACAUAUUGAUGAAUUAUAUUUCUGGGGGGGAAUUAUUUUCACUAGUCGACGAGUAUGGCUGUUUGCCUGAAAAGGUAGUUAGGAUAUAUGUAGCUGAAAUUGCCUUAGCUAUAGAUUUUCUACACAAUGCGGGUGUGGUACACAGAGAUCUGAAAACAACUAAUAUUUUGCUUGAUGAAGAUGGCCACGCUGUGAUUAUUGACUUUGGCCUAGCCAAAUGGCUGCAUCGGACAGAACGAACAAACACAUUCUGCGGAACACCCCAAUAUAUGGCACCUGAAAUUUUAAAGAAAGAAUAUUAUGGACAGGAAGUCGAUUGGUGGUCUCUGGGAGUAUUAGCCUGCGUUUUACUCACAAAUAAGUAUCCAUCUAUCCUGUCGUCGGAGUUUCUGCCUGCCGAUAGGAUUGCCCAGGACGAUCUGAAUUGCGCGAAUGUACCAGGAAUCUUACCGGCGAACGCGGAUAUUUCACCAGCAGCGAGGGACCUUUUGAAACGCCUCUUACAGCCGGAGCCUCGUCUAAGACUUCGGUCUCUUCUCAGUCUUCAAAGAAUCGCUUUUUACAUGGGCUACGAUAUCCAAAGUUACAUGCUGAAAAAGGAAUCGCCAUUCCGGAUUUUAGGGGUGAAAAAUCGACAAGAGACACAGCAAAAAAAAAUAGGUUUCGAUGAAACAUUUUCAAACUUUGAAUCUUUCCCUGGUGAUAAUACUACGCGAACGAGUCAUGAAUGAUCUCAUGUAUAUAAUAUGUACUAUUUACUAAUUGUAUAUAAACGCACAGGCUUUAAGAUGAAGAAUGCGCAAACAGAAUUAUUUUUUACACGAACAAAUAAUUUUUUACAUAUAUAAUUGAAUAUUUAAAAUGACCUGUUCGAACUUUAUAAUUCACUUAAUGAAUCUCGAAUAGAAUUUUUUAAGGAAAGAAA